AUUUUCCCAUACAUAAGGAAGAUUCUGUAACUUUCCGAGAAAUACUGAUUUGAACUAAAUACUAAACUACUACCAAACUCUUCUUGUGCAUAUUUGAAAGUUUUUAGUCAUUGGGAGCCAUGACAUUUCUUUUCUCUGUAUCAUAAACUGUUAUGAAUACUUUCUUUUUACUAUUAACAUUGCAACAGAAGACCUCCUGUUUCGUGAUUGACUGGCAGGCAGAAAUGACAGGGACAGGAAAUGGGAAAUGGUUCAGGGUCUUGGAAUUCCCCAGAUGCCUAAUUAAGUGGCUUGUUAUUUGGAAGUUUUUGAAAUGUUUGCCCACUGGAGUUCCCCCCGAGGAAAAGCAUCUGAUUUUAUUGACAAAGAGUGUCUUCACAGAACAUAAAUUAAGAAAUUCGCUCCUGCAAUACAACAAACAUUUACUGCACGCCACUGCUUUUGUGAUACUAGGUGUGGGAGAAGACAAACCUCCAUGACUAGUGACAUCAAGAUUUCUUAUUUGCAAUCCUCUAUCAAUUAUUCACUGAACCAUUUAAGACUUCAUCGAUAAGUCGGCUCCUUUGUGGUUCACGUACGAUUUUAUAUAUAAACACAUAUAUGAACGUAUACAUUCUAUUUGAGUCACAUUCAGAAAAAUGUGACUUCAUUGGGAGUGAAGACUGGUCUGAAAUACCGUCCACGUUGCUAGCGAUGAGCUUUUGAAAUAAGGACACUUUUUCGUUAGUGCAUAUGUCUCCAGAACAGAAAAACAAAGUUGAAAAACAAGUUUAAAAACGAAAGCUACAUUGGUUGGUUAUAGAUUCAUAAUACAAUCCCUAAAGAUUAUAAAAUCAGAACUUCAAAAUUAAUCUUCUGAUGCUGUUCUACUUUCCACCACUUGGCUUUUUUCCAGUUCCACCGCCAGCUGUGAAUGUUUAUGUUAGGCAGCUGUGUUCUGAGGAAAAACGGUUACAACUGUUUUAAACGGUUACAACUGUUUACUUAAUUGAAGCAAAAAUGCCACGAGGUUGACUCCAUCCUCAAAUGCAGUCAUCUACGACGAGUGGAGGAGUCACACGAGAGGAAUUUGGCCAGGAGUUGGAUCAAAUAACUCAGAGCGGAACGCGGAGAAGAUGCGCAAAACCACCGGCCCACGGGUGUUUCCGCAGGGCUUCCCAAGAGUCAAACUCUUCGGCUCACGGUUUGCCACGUUCCCCUCGGGAGAAUGUUAGGGACAGAAAGAGAAGGAAACGCCAAAAGUCCUCAAACCGCGAGAUUAAAACUCGAAACACCGAGCUGACGGAAACCGUCUGCGCCCCUCCCGAAAACCGUAGACUCCCCGGCGCCCUCGCGCGGCGGUGACGCAGGCCCCGGAUAAGCGCGCUGACGUCACCGUGCGUCGGCAUGGGCCUGGCGUGGGCUGCGGACUUUGGAAGCGUUGACCCGGAGCCAGCCGGGGCGCAUCUCUUGUCCGCGCCGUUGCUCUCGGGUGUGUGGAGCCCUCCAGGCGACCGCGCCGUUUCCGUGUGUGCUGCGCCUGCUCUGAGAUUUAUAACCCUGAAGAGACUACUUUUUUCCUCUCAUUUUUUUCUGCUGCAGUAAUAAAUCCCAUUAUGGAGACCUAGAAACUUUAUAAAGGGAUAUAGUUUGAAUUCUGUGGAGUGUAAUUUUGUGUAUGAAUUAUAUUUUUAAAAUAUGAAGGGUUUUUAGAAAGAAGGCUAGUAGGGUUAAUUGCUGGUACAUUAUGCAUAACAGUAAUUUUGUUGGUAAUAUAAUAGUUUAUUAGGCAUUUGUGAUAACACUGGAAAGGACAAGCAGCAUCUUGAUAAAUUGAUUUAUCUUUAAAUACAAAAUGAAUGAUACUAUAGGUACAUCAUCCUUAAAUGAAAGACAGGUUAAUUUUUAAAUGCAGUGUAAAAAGUUUCUGCUGUGGGAGUUUUAAGGUUAACUAGUUAAGUCUAUGGAGAAAAUACCUUCAUCAACUGAUCAAGUAUAAUAAGGUGGUAUGCAAAGUUAGGAAGAAAGACAACAUAAUCAUGCUGCAGGAAAUGGAAACAUAUAGACAAUAAUUUAAAAAGAUGGAAAAAUUAGCAGUUUGUGAGUUUUAAGCAAAAUUUAUUUCAUUUGACAUUAGAUAUACUGUAACAGGCAUAGGUUAAAAAAGUUGUGGGUGUUGACUGUCCCCAAAAGCUGUUAGCUGAAACUAAUAUAAUCCACUUGAGUAAAUACUGUGAUGAUAAGCUGUGUGAAAUUAGUCUUUAGAUAAUGUGACUAUAUGAAGACUUUAAUUCUUGUUUACUAGACUGAAACUUUUUUUUUUGAUAAUCAUAUUAAAAUACUUAUAGGGAAAGAAGCCUGCUUAUAGUUUUUCCUCUUGUAGCAUAAUCAGUAAUUGGCUUGAUAUCUAGGGUUUGUAGCUUCUAACCAAAAGCACAUUAAAGGUAUAAUUUAGGUAUUCUAUAGUUGUUUAGAAUUUUGGGAAUAUAAACCUCCUUGAAAAGUCGAGUAGUUUUAACAUAUUUUCAGAAGUGUGUCAACUUCUUUCAGGCCAUUGGGUUAGUAUUACAUCAAAUAAUGAGCAAAUAACACUUGAGUUAUCUAAAAGAGUUAAUAUUAUAUAAUCCCGAAGAGUACUAAAAAGUAUCUUGGUAAUUUAUAGGAGAUAUUCAUUCUACCUGUGUGUAAAUUCAGGUGUAAAUCCAGUAAACAGUAAAGGUCUGGUGAAUUUGACAUAAGUAGGAGCCUAUCAUUUGAUUCUUUCUUAUAGUAAUUGAAUUUAGUGUGAAGAAAUAAGAGAUUGCAUCAAAAAGUAAAGUCACUCAUGCACAAAACUACCUCCCAACGACUUGUCGCAGGUCCUUUGUAUCAAAAAAUUAAGAGUAUAAUGGAAGAUAGCACCAUCUUGUCAAAUUGGACAAUCGGCAACAAACACAAAAUGGAAUAUGACUUUUCAUGUGAACUGUACAGAAUGUCUACAUAUUCGACUUUCCCUGCUGGUGUUCCUGUCUCAGAAAGGAGUCUUGCUCGUGCUGGUUUUUAUUACACUGGUGUGAAUGACAAAGUCAAAUGCUUCUGUUGUGGCCUGAUGCUGGAUAACUGGAAAGAAGGAGACAAUCCUGUUGAAAAGCAUAAAAAGUUGUAUCCUAGCUGUAGCUUUAUUCAGAAUCUGGUUUCUGUUACUAAUUUGGAAUCUACCUUUAAGAAUACUUCUCAGAUGAGAAACAGUUUUACACAUUCAUUAUCUCCCACUUUGGAUCCUAGUGACUCAUUCAGUGGUUCUUAUUCCAACCUGUCACCAAAUCCUGUUAAUUCUCGAGCAGUUGAAGACUUAUCCCCAUUGAGGACUAACCCCUAUAGUUAUGCAAUGAGCACUGAAGAAGCCAGAUUUCUUACUUACCAUGAGUGGCCAUUAAGCUUUUUGUCACCAUCAGAAUUGGCAAGAGCUGGCUUUUAUUACAUAGGACCUGGAGAUAGGGUAGCCUGCUUUGCCUGUGGUGGGACACUAAGUAACUGGGAACCAAAGGAUGAUGCUAUGUCAGAACACCGAAGACAUUUCCCCAACUGUCCAUUUUUGGAAAAUUCUCUAGAAAUGCUGAGGUUUACCAUUUCAAAUUUGAGCAUGCAGACACAUGCAGCUCGACAGAGAACAUUUAUGUGCUGGCCAUCAAGUGUUCCAGUUCAACCUGAGCAGCUUGCAAGUGCUGGUUUCUAUUAUGUGGGUCGCAAUGAUGAUGUCAAAUGCUUUUGUUGUGAUGGUGGCUUAAGGUGUUGGGAAUCUGGAGAUGACCCCUGGGUAGAACAUGCCAAGUGGUUUCCAAGGUGUGAGUUCUUGAUACGCAUGAAAGGACAGGAUUUUGUUGAUGAGAUUCAAGCUAGAUAUCCUCAUCUUCUUGAACAGCUGUUGUCAACUUCAGACACACCUGGAGAUGAAAGUGCUGAUCCACCAAUUGUUCAUUGUGGACCUGGAGAAAACCAUUCAGAAGAUGCAGUCAUGAUGAAUACACCUGUGGUUACAGCUGCCUUGGAAAUGGGCUUCAAUAGAAGGCUGGUCAAACAGACAGUUCAGAGUAAAAUCCUAACAACUGGAGAGAAUUAUCAAACCGUCAGUGAGCUCGUAUUAGAUUUACUUGAUGCAGAAGAUGAAAAAAGACAAGAGGAGAAGGAAAGACAAACCGAAGAAAUGGCAUCAGAUGAUUUGUCAUUACUUCGGAAGAACAGAAUGGCUCUCUUUCAGCAGUUGACGUGUGUGCUUCCUAUCCUGGAUCAUCUUUUAAAGGCCAAUAUAAUUAACAAACAGGAACAUGAUAUAAUUAAACAAAAAACACAGAUACCUUUACAAGCAAGAGAACUGAUUGAUACUGUUUUAGUUAAAGGAAAUGCUGCAGCCAACAUCUUCAAAAACUGUCUAAAAGAAAUUGACUCUACAUUAUAUAAGAACUUAUUUGUGGAAAAGAAUAUGAAGUAUGUUCCAACAGAAGAUGUUUCAGGUCUACCACUGGAAGAACAAUUGAGGAGGUUACAAGAGGAAAGAACUUGUAAAGUGUGUAUGGACAAAGAAGUUUCUAUUGUAUUCAUACCUUGUGGUCAUCUAGUCGUAUGCCAGGAAUGUGCACCUUCUCUAAGAAAAUGCCCUAUUUGCAGGGGUAUAAUUAAGGGAACUGUUCGUACCUUUCUCUCAUGAAAAAAUAGGCUAUAUGUUAGCUUGUAUGUAAAAGUAUUUAAAAUAUUGUUGAACAUUUCAGACAUCUGAAAUAAAAAAAGAAUUAUUGGUUCUUUAAUUAGUAACAUUUGUGUUCUGCCCUGCUUUGGAACUAGUACUGUUGUUUCAAAAAAUAGAUAGUAUCAUAGAUCACAUUUAAUGUUAACCUGUUUAUAUGAAAGGGAAGACUUAUGUUUCCUGGGCUAUUUAGUGACUGUAGGAGAAAUUAAAGAGUAGUCUCAGUGCUAUUAUGUAUCAUUUCAGGAGUCACUGAAUUUGGUUUUCUUCCUGACAGCUUUGAGUACCACAUUAUAAUUUAAAAAAACUGGAAACCAGGAACUCUGGAGUUUAUCAAAGUUGCAGUGCCAAAUUCUCUGUGGUGUUUUUCACUUGUGUUGUAACAUACAAAAAUUUCUCUUACUGGUAAAUAAGCUUCUCCCUAAUUUGUGAGUAACAUCUUAAUAAAGUUCUUUAAAAAGA